AAUAUAUAUUUUUAUCAGGUCAAGUUGGAUAAAAGAAACGAUAUUCAUUGCCAAAAUAAAUGGCGUCUAAAUGAGAGAAAUAUUUAAAUGCCAUUAACUGCACAGACAGCAUGUAGAAUGUUUUAAAACAGGAUUAUUCUAUCUUCAUAUUUCAGAUCGGAGAUGUAGAUUUUCAUUCACUUUCAUGGCGACGCCGACGGCAGAAAUUGGCCUGAAGAGGGUGCGGUUUUCUCUUGAUGAGGAUAAAGAAUCAACCCGGAGUCCCGACGAUAACUACCAAGGACAAUGGGAUUUUCUAAAAUACUUGUUAACCCUACGGGAGGAAUUCAAUGUAACAACUGUCGUCGAAAGUCUCGUUCAGAAGGGCGUCAUUAGUGCAGACGCUGGAACAGACGUCAUGCGUCAAGGCAAUGCGCGUGCGCAGAUUGAACUAUGUGUACAGGAAGUAAUGAAAGGCGGACCGCCUGCGUAUACGGCACUCUGUGAUACCUUACAAGAACAUGGUUACAGCAAUAUUGUGGAGGCAUUAAAGGGAGAGGGCAACAUGAAUGCGCUGGUGCCAGAACUUUCUGAUAUGCAAGGGCUUGGUCCAAGAGAAAAACAAACACACUGGAGCCAGAGUGCAUCUCUGGUCAACCCAGACGGGAUGGCGGUGCAGGGUAAGAAAAUGGCUCUGGGCGCCUUGGCCCGGGACACUAAGGCGUCGCAGAAAGAAUUCUCUGUCAUCGUAGAACGUCAGCACGAGUUGGAAAAACAGCUGGUUCAAGUGAUGAAGUCCCUGGACACGGCAAAAGAUAUGCUCAUUCGCGAACGACAAGAGAAACUUGGACUUAGAGAACAGUUAAAAGGUCGGGACGAAGAAUUAGUUGGAAUGCAAAGAAAGUAUCUAGAACUUCAGAAAGCAAUGGCUAACUUACGUGACACUAAUAAUAAAUAUCAUGAAAAGGUUACCAAGUUACAAAUAGAAAACGAACAGCUACGCCGUGGGGUGAAGGACAGGAAUGAUCUAGAAUUUGAACUCAGAGAACGCAAUAAUGAACUCUCUCGUUUGAAAGAAGUGCUGAAUAGACAAGAGCAGCAGAUGAAAACACAAGAAGAACAAAUUGUCCAAAAACUUGAUAUGAUUGAGAAAGUGGUUGGUGAACAUAGAGGUUUGAUAGAAGGUCAAGACAAACUCACUAAGACAAUGUCGCAACAGCAGACGGACAUUGUGCGUCUGUCGGAAGAGAAAAUGGAGGCGCAAAAUCAAAUGGCGGCGCAGCAGCGCCAGCUGAACUUCCAGCACGCUCAGAUAGUGAUGCUGCAGGAACAGAUGCAGAGACUGGAGGCACACAUGAGCCCAGGUGCGAGUGGGACCAUGCGACCGGAAAGCCUGCCACCCGUAAAUACCCAUCCGACCACUCCCGUCGGUGAUGGACGCGGAAGUAGGUACAUAGCGUCUUUGUCAAAAGGCUUGAAUCUAAGGCCGUUUAACGCUCAAGGAAAACUGGAGAACUCCAAAAAUACUUACUGGAGAAGCGACCCUGCAUCUAAAAAGAGCAAGUGACUCGUGAUGGUCUAGGUGUGUUUGUUACAUAAAUCUUGUGAUUGUCACAUAUAUAAGUAUUACAGUUAUUGUGUUCAUUAUAUUCUACUGCAUCAUUGACACAUUUUAGUGUCUGUAAAUGUUUGGAUUCUGUGUCUAUUUUAAUUGUAAGUCUUGAACAACUUGAAUAAAUCGUACAUGAAUUUUGUUUACAAACAGUCGUCACCCGAAAAUUUUCAUCUGGUUGAAUUUUCCAGAGUACUUAUUAGGUCAGAGACCACCGAUUAAAAAAAUUACAGGGAAUUUAUGGGGAAUAAGGUAAUCGUAUAUGGCAAUGUUUAGUCCUUUCUGAUUGGUUACAUAUGUAAAGAAACAAAGAAGUGUUUUGUUUUUUUUUUGCAAAAUUGGACGUUUUUAGUGCGUUUAGAAUAUUUUAUUAUACAUUUUGAGAAUAUUUGAAAGAUUUGAUGUGUGUUAAAAAGUUUCACGAAACGGUUCUCGACCACCAUGCCAACAAUGUGGGGACUCAUAUUCACACGAAAAAAAUAUUCAAAUAAAGGACAAUUGAGCCGUGCCAUGACAAAACCAACAGUGGGUUUGCGACCAGCAUGGAUCCAGACCAGCCUGCGCAUCCGCGCAGUCUGGUCAGGCUCCAUGCUGUUCGCUUUUAAAGCCUAUUGGAAUUGGAGAAACUGUUAGCGAACAGCAUGAAUCCUGACCAGACUGCGCGGAUGCGCAGGCUGGUCUGGAUCCAUGCUGGUCGCAAAGCCACUAUGUUGGUUUUCUCAUGGCAUGGCUCAAUUAUUCAUAUGUUUUUCAUCCAUUAUGUUUGGGGACUAAGACGGUUCUUGAAAAAUAAUAGAUAAGAUAUACAUGUUUGGAUUUAUGGAAGGUUGUACACAUCAUAAUGUUAUGACUGAAAUCUCCGGGAAAGCAAUUGUUGGUCUCUAACCUAGAUACAUAAAGAUAAUUGAUAACUUGGUGAUUAUUAUCAAGAGAAAAAAGAAAAUAACCCUGUCUAGAAGAAACCACAUAUGAGUAUUGAGCUUCAUGUUUAGCAGAUUGUUGUGUUUUCAUGUGAAGACAGACUCAUACAAUCAUACAUGUAUAAUCAUCACAACAACCUAGUACAGUCAUGAUGACUUUAAGGUGUAUGAAUCAGUACAUGUAUAGAACUUGAAGUUUGAGAAAAUGUCACUGAUUGGAUAAUUCAUAGACAAAGCUGGAAUUAAUUUCAGGUUAGAUUUUACGUUUAUUUAACACUAUUGUUACUGUACAUUUUAAACAUGUUUAUAGGUAGCCUAGGAUCUCAAGACAAUGUUGUGACAUUUAGCGUAUUAGGACACAACGUAUGUACCUGUCAUAAUAUUGGAAUUGAUUGUGAACCCUUAAUUGUAAAAUGCAUGUUCAUUCCCUGAAAGUAUUGUCGUCUGCGGAAACAAAUGAUGAAACAUUCAAUAAACCAUUGUGUAUUUUAAAAUGUUACCAUCACCUGUUGAAAUAUACUGUACAACAAAUGUUAUA